UUUGUACAAAAAAAUUGAAGUUUACUGACUUCUUGAAUUUUUUAAGAGAUUCAUGAUUUUUUUUACGUUAAUAGGAAUUUGUUUUUGCUAAGUGUAGUUUCAAAUAUGAUAUUUGUUUAUGUUUAUAUGCUAUGUAGAUAUAAUGCUUGCGAUAAACGGUUCAUAAAUUAAUUUUAUAAAUAAACAAGUCUCUUAUCAAACUUGUCACGCAACGUGUGUAACUAAACGUUUAUUUAGGUGCAUAGUAUAAUUAUUUUAAACGUUUUUAUGCUUCGCCUGUUUAAGUUAUCAUGAGCUCAGGAAAAAUUCAAACUGUAAGAGGAGAUGUGCAACCCGAAGUCUUAGGAAGGACUUUAACUCAUGAGCACCUUUGUAUGAAAUUCACUCAUUUUUACCGGGAACCCCCGAAAGAGAUAGAGAACAAUUUCAACGAAGGUUUCACGUGCAGUAAGAUUGGAUACAUCAGGCAGUUUCCAUACAGUUCUCGUUACAAUCUGUUGUUAAAUGAUCCAGACGCACGGGAUGCUGUGUCAAGUGAUGUUCAGCUAUAUAAAUCACUUGGCGGAGGGAGCAUAGUGGAAAACACAACAUUAGGCCUUGAGAGAGACAUUGGAUUUUACAAGCGAGUCUCUGAAUCGACGGAUGUACACAUUGUCGCUGGCACAGGACACUACAUAGCUGAUCUGCAAUCAGAAAAUACCCUGAGGAGCACUAAGGAAGAUCUAUACAACCAUAUGCUGGAGGAAUUAACUCGAGGAUGUGUGGAUUAUCCGUCAGUUAAAGCCGGUUUUAUGGGAGAGAUAGCUAGCGUGUGGCCUUUGAGAGAUUUCGAAAGCAGAGCAAUAUCGGCAGCGGGAGAACUCCAGGCGCAAAUCGGCUGCGGGGUCAGCUUCCAUCCGCAUCGCGAUCCCGAGGCGCCUUUUGAGAUCAUCCGUCUCUACGCUGAGGCAGGCGGCAAGGUCGACAAGGCUGUCAUGUCACAUUUAGACCGUACAUUACUCGACCCAGCAAAACUUCUGGAGUUUUCUAAACUGGGUUCCUACUGCCAGUUCGAUCUAUUCGGUACCGAGGUGUCAUACUACCAGCUGAAUGUGGACACAGAUAUGCCUUCCGAUGCUCAGAGGAUCGUCAUGAUCAAACAGUUAGUUAGCGAGGGCAAAGAAGACAAGAUAUUGAUGUCCCAUGAUAUACACACUAAACACAGAUUGACGAAAUUCGGCGGGCACGGCUACAGUCAUAUAAUAACGAAUGUGCUUCCGAGGUUGAAGAACAAAGGAUUAACGCAGGAGGUCAUCGAUAAGAUUACUAUUGACAACCCAGCCAAAUGGCUUACCAUGGCGAAUGCUUGAAACUGUACGAAGACCAAUUUCUAUAUAAAACGCGUUAAGUUACUAAUUAUUUGAUUCUGUUGUUGCCAUCAUUUCAUUUUGAGUUAAGCCAUUCUGCAUUUACAACGUGUAAAUGAAAACCGAAAUAAUACUUCAUAGGUUUUCGUGGUGCAUUAUGCACUGUCUCAGAGACUUAUAUGCGGAAACGAAAACAUAAUAGUUUUUGAGCAAACCACUGCCAUAAUUUAACUGAAGGAUAUAUCACAUGCCAAAUUAAAAUCAUGUGACUCCCGCCACUUUAUUAGGUACUUACGCGUUUC